CGAACACACCAUUCUCAACUCAAAACCGACGACGACGAGGACUUCCACUCUGACCGCCAGUGCUUCCUAUUUUUUCGAAUACUACAGGCAGUGAAGGCCAUAUAUCUCGCGAAUGUCGGAGUCACAGCGAUCCGCGUGGUCGUCCCGCGCUGACCUUCUCCUCCGACCCGUCGAGCGUCCGGUGGGGUACCUGAAGCGCGCCAGCAUCGCGGCCUGGUUUCCCAUCCGCGGCAUCUGGUACUUUUUGCGGAACAAGGAGUUCUACCCGCUGUUCCUGAGCCGCCUCCUACCACUAUCAAUUAUCUCUUUUCUCGUUUACUUCAUCCUCUUUACAUUUGCAUUCCUUCCACAGUUUGCACUUCUGGCCAUCUUCCACGGAUGGGGCGCGUGGGUCAAUGCGGUGGUGCUAGUGCUUGGAGAGGGUCUCGUGGUGAUCCAGGGCCUCUUUGAGGGAUUCUUCGUUGACGAGUGUCGAGUGGAUGUUUUUGAUGCCACCCUCAUAAAAGAGUCCCAGACAGACCUCGUGGCUCCCCACAGGAUCCUCUUCCCCGAUGCCCCCACCGCAGUCAAGAUGCUCGGCAAGCCGACGACCCCCGCCGCCUUCACCCCAUGGUCCAUGGUCCAGAUCAUCGAGCUGAUAGUUUUCUUGCCCCUCAACUUCGUCCCGGUGGUUGGCACCCCAGCUUUCAUCAUCAUCACUGGCACGAGACUGGGCAAGCUCGCGCACUACAGAUGGUUCCACUUGCGGGGACUGAGCAAGAAGGAAGCCAAGAACGAGAUUCGAGCGAGGACGUGGGAAUACGUAUGGUUUGGCACGGUUGCAAUGAUUCUGGAGCUGAUUCCCGUGCUGUCAUUCUUCUUUCUGUUGACAACCUCGGCCGGAGCCGGACUUUGGGCGGCACGUAUUGAAGAUGAGAAGAAGAAGCGAGCCGUGGACGCUCUCAUCGGAGAUGGAGAACCCCUACCGCCCCCGCCCCCCUACGAGGAUGAACCGGUCUAAGAGCAUGGGUAGAAGGGAUUUUUGAGCCCCAGAAUAAUUCUUGGGAUCAAACGAGCAGGCAGGCAGGCAAUUGAAUAACUUCACUGACUAAAACCUGAGUUUUGUCAUCGUCUCAGCGUGUCUUCAUCACGCCAAAUUUGAGCACCAUCAACCCGU